AUGAAAUCUCUACUUGCACUUCUGUUACUCGGGGCGGUAGUCACCACCCUUGCUGAGGAGCCAUUUGAGGAUAAGGCAGUCCAGGAGUUCUUAGAUGAAGAGGGGAAUGAAACCAUUGCUGAGCUUGCUGAUGAAGGGAAUGACGCCCAUUGUUGCCUUCGUUCCGUCCAAGUGGCCGACCUCAUGUUAAGGUAAGUUGUCAUUCCUCUACUUAAUUUUCCACAUACGACAGUGAUGUGUCUAGUUCAUUGGGUUAAUAUUUUUAAAUUGCCGAGGACGCGUUUUUAUUCGCUAAGGAACUUAACGUCAGCGAGGAAUUUACUUUUUGUAAAUGACAAGAUCACGGCUUCUUAUCAAAUAAAUCUCUCCCCCAAAGCAUAAAUACAUCAAAACUUAAAGGAAGAAAAACAAUAACAACAACAACAACAACAAAACAAAACAACAAUGAACUUUGGCUGACAAGUUCAGUUCUAAAAACCGCAUUUUCAGUCCUCCGGUUAAAAGCUUCUUUAAGUUUGUCUAUACGUUCCUUCUUUUGUAUUUGCUGUGUGGUUUACUCCUUCUUUUAAGGUAUUGAGCCGUUGUUUCUAUGUUUUACUCAAUUUGAUGGCAGCUCUUACUGUUUGAAUUUUGAAAACGUUCCUGACAAACCUCCUUAAAUUUGGUUUAGACUUCUCUUACCCACUCUGUGAUUAGGUUUUUUAUGUAAGACUACGAGAGACAGUAAACGGCGGUGUCUAUUAGCUCGGUGUCGACCUAUUAUCCCUCCACCUGAAUAUUGAGUAAUAUAUUAAUAGGUUUGAACUGCCUUCACUGAUGGUUGUCACGAAAUACGUCAUUUUUUUUCAACCUCAUUACAAGUUACUCCCUGAUGAAAAGGAAUUCGAAGAGACAGCCUUUAAGAAAAAACUAAGUGGUAAAGGCUUUUAACGUCGUUUAGAGUGUGGAUGAUUCCAACGAGAAACUAGACAUUUUUAACUCUUUCUUUAAAUCUUGUCUAGACAAGCACGCUCCUCCACGUAGAACUUGAUUGAAUGAACAAGGAAGACAUUAGGAAACUUCAAAAAGAACGGAAUAUACUUACUAAAAGGUAUCAUUAGCGCACAAAACAAACUUAGCAAGUUUUUGGAAUAAAUUUCGUGAGGUGCGCAACAAGAUCAAGAAUGAGAUCAAGUCAGUUAACCGUGCUUUUUUCAGGAGGGCCCAAUCCUCCAAUAAACCCAAAGAA